AUGGAUACUUCUCAAGAUCCACGAUGCAAAGAUGUGACAGUAGUGGCAUUUAUCAUCUACCCAGCAGCAGCAAACUCCUUUAAUGUGGACUCCCUACGAGGACAAGCCGUUUGCAAACAGCUCAAGGACACCAUAGCCAAAAUCAAAGAAAAUGUUGCAAAUCGCAUGUUUGAAUCAUCUGUUAGAGGAAAAGUGCCCGAACCAGAAGACUUGCUCCUACCAGCUGAAAAAGUUCAACUCAAACGUUGCAUCUUGGCGGCAAAGCGUGACAGCCUGCCACCAAUCUGCACCCACAACAUGCUGGACAGCGCCAACGAUCCAGUACUGCAGUCUCUUCGUCGUGUACAGCUGUUCAAUCAUGAUUAUGAUCGAGUGAAGGUGGUUUUCCAUCCGGAAUUCCUCUCAUCGGUAUCUCCACUUAUUGGUUUGGAUUACGAAGAUUUUGUGCGCGGAUGCCAUCUCGGAGUAUUUCCAAGCUAUUACGAGCCAUGGGGAUACACGCCAGGUAUGUAA